AUGGCGAACAACGAGGUUGCUGAGGCUAAAUACGUGUAUGCUCAGACGUGGGUUUGUUGGGACAUAGAGUACUGUCCUGUUCCCAGAGCUUGUAAACCUGAGAGGAUCGCCGAGCAAAUAAGAUCGGCGCUGGUUAAAUUAAACUACCUCGGUCCAAUCUCCAUCUCCGCCUAUGGCAACAUGGAUCACAUCCCUCCUUCCACCAAGAAAGCUCUCUCUUCCACCGGAAUCCUUCUUAAUCACGUCCCUCCCGCUGAAUUUGAGUUACAUAUUUUCGACGAAAUAUUGUCUUGGCAAUCUGAUAAUCCAGCUCCGGCUAAUAUAAUGGUAAUCUCCCGUGGCGAAUUGCUCCCUGGUGAUCGUGAAGAAGAACAAUCGGACGACGGAUACAACAUUCUUCUCGCACAUCCUCCACAUCCUCCAUACUAUUUCAUCGCUUCUGCAAAGACCACGUGGCUAUGGAGAAGCAUAAUUGAUGCAUGA